AUGCAAUUCCCGCUCGCAACUAAGGUAAAGAUCGUAUUUAUUCCACCAUGACAAUGUACAGACAAUUUUAGGAGAAGUUGUCAGCCGAGGACGGGGCGCCAGUUUACUUGCCGCCGCAGCCGCAUGGGGAUGGGGGUGGGGCGCAUCCGCAGCUUGGUGGUGGUGGUGGUGGAGGUGGUGGGGGUGGUGGUGGAGCACAGCCGCAGGCUGGUGGUGGUGGGGCACAGCAGCCACCGCCGCCGCCGGCCUGUGGGAACAAGAAUGCCGAGGUGGCUCCGAUGAAGAGGGCGAAGAUGAAGAAAAGUCUCAUUCUGAAAGAUUGGCAGGUAAAAUACGUUAAAAUCUCUGUUGAGAUGAUAGCAUAG